AUGUCUAACCUUACCGUCGCGAAUUUGCAGCGCAUCGAUCGCGAUGCCCUAGCCGCGCUUGUUAAAUCCGGCGCCGACGCCUCACAACUGGCAAUUAUUGACGUUCGUGAUUCUGAUCACAUCGGCGGACACAUCCGCUCCUCUAUUUGGGUCGCCAGCGGCCUUCUUGAUCACCGCAUGCCUGAGCUCGUGCGAACCCAGAGAUUUACCAAGAAGGUUGUUUUCCACUGUGCCUUGAGCCAGCAGCGAGGCCCCUCUGCUGCUCUGCGCUAUGCCCGUGAGCGUGAGCUCAUCCUUGGCCCCGAGGAGGACCAGACCGAGAAGCAGGAGAUUCUUGUCCUCGAAGGCGGUUUUGUGGAAUGGCAGGAAAAGUAUGGCAAUGAUGAAACAUUGACCGAGGGCUAUGUGGCAGAUAUUUGGACGAACUACUAG